AUGACGAUGCAGCAGGUCUUUCCUAUCUUACCAAUGGGUUUCAGAUUUCACCCAACCGAUGAGGAGUUGGUUGUGAACUACUUGCAAAGGCGUGCCAUAGGGCAAAUGUGCCCUAUCCCCAUCAUCGCUGAUGUCGACAUAUAUAACUUCAAUCCAUGGGAACUUCCAUCCGUGGCGUUGUUUGGGGAAUACGAGUGGUACUUCUUCACGCUACGGGACCAUAAGUACCCUAACAGUGUACGCUCUAGCCGCUCGGCGGCAUCAGGCUUUUGGAAGGCCACUGGCACUGACAAACCCAUCCAAGUUGCCAGCAUGCAGGACACUCCCAUAGCCAUGAAGAAGGCACUCGUGUUCUAUGUUGGCCGCCCUCCCAUGGAAACCAAGACAACAUGGAUCAUGCACGAGUACCGUCUCACAAACACACGAGGGCCACCCAUGGCCUCUUACUCAUCUUCAUCCACCCCACAGUAUCCUUGGGUGACACUAGACGAGUGGGUGCUAUGCAAGAUCUUCAGCAAGGCCCCGGGGCCGGAACCAAACAGCAACACGCCACCAUCAAACGUCACACGGUUAGAGGGCCCGCCGGCACCGGCCGGCAACCCCCCGCCGCCGCCGCCGCCGCCGCCGGCGCCCGUGAGCACGAUGAACGGCAGCAGCAUGGGCAUGCUCACCGGCGCCGGCGACAUGCUCUUCACCAUCCAAGAGGAGCAUGAGCAAGCGUCUAAUAACCACCAGAUACCGAUGCUUCGCCGCCUCCAGUCCCAGUCCCAGACCGUGGCCGGCCCGAUCACAACGGAGAAUUCUUCUUCUCUCGGUGGCACUGUUGGUGGUGGUGGUGGUGCUGGUGAUCAUGGCUGCCUUGAUGAAGAGGACACCAGCGCCUACACCUUCUCCGACCAGGAAAUGGAACGGAUGCUCAUGGACCUGAUGGACCAGGACUUCUUUGGCGAUGUGGAUUAA